AUGGCAAUAAUAAUGUCAUCUGAUUCUGAAGAGAUAUCACCGCAAACAUCUCCAUUAGUUGUCGAUUAUAGCGACGAUUCGGCACCAAAUUCGCCGAUGCCUUUAAAUGUGUCGCCCAUUCAUAGCAAUAAUAGUUACAUACAUAAGGACAGUAAGAAAGUGUCGGCAUUUAGUGCAUCGACACUAAAAUCAAGUUUUGUUACGACAAACUGUGACAUCAAUGAUAAGGAUAUCAUAAGUAAGCCGUCGAUUCCCUUCUCAAUCACCAGAAUCCUCAAUAAAGAAGACAACAACACCAACACAAACAAUAGUUCAUCGAAAUUAUCAUCAAAACAGGACUCAAACAACCCAUCAAUCGGAACACUUUUAAGAUGUGGUUCCCAACAGCAACCUAUAGUUUCUACGGCAUCGAUAGUGCCAUCAAUUUUUGGAGCCGCCAGUCAUCUAAGUCCAGAUCAUCCAUUAGCUCGAAAGCAGACACCUUGGUUUCCAUGGGCUGUAGCAUCAGGUGUGGUCAGUGGAAAUCCUACACAUCAGGCAUCGAGUUUUGCACAUCAAUACAUUUGUCGAGAUUUUAAAGAUUCAGAGUCAGGAGAGCCUCCGAGGAUUGCAGUCAAAUGUGCUCUCCGUAAGCAUAAAAGCAAUCGUAAGCCCCGCACACCCUUCACAACACAACAACUGUUAGCAUUGGAGCGCAAGUUUCGCACAAAACAAUACCUGUCUAUCGCUGAGAGGGCAGAGUUCUCCAGUAGUUUGAAUCUCACAGAAACUCAGGUUAAAAUUUGGUUUCAAAAUAGAAGAGCAAAAGAAAAGAGACUGAAAGAGGCCGAACUAGAGAAGCUGCGUCUGGCGUCCCGACCCUUUCCAGUGGCCGCCUUUGGCUUUGGUCUUCAUGGAAGUGCAUCGUUUGGUUUUAACGCUAAUAUGACCAGUUCGGGGCCGCCACCCGCUCAUUUGGGUCAAGCACUGGUAGCCGCCGCAGCAGCCAAUCGUGGACCUAAUCUAUUCAAUCACAUCGCCAAUAUUGCCACUCCAUAUCCUAUAUACUCAUCAGGACCGGCCUCAUCAACAGUCGGCCAUUUAAUGAAUACUUCAGUGUCUAAUAUACAGCCACCGACUCCUUAA